UUUUAGAAUAUAGUACAUGUAUGUAUAUAGAAAUGGAAAAAUUCUCCAACCUAUCCAAAAUGAGCAGUACCAGCUAUGACUAUUUAAGAAGCAUUAUACCAGUAAAGCUCUAUCAGUCUGGCAGCAAUAUCUACAUGACUUGCAUUUCGAAACUACCCCGUACUACAAAAGAUCCAAAUUCGAAUAAUAAGAAGGCCAUCGAAGACGCUUUCGUCCAGGCAUUGGAAACAAACUUAAGUCCUGGUCCAGUGGCGCCCUCAGAACAGCAGCUUAAAGGUGACCAACCAGUACUGAUACGCUCUGAGAUUCGGUUUAAGCAUCGCAAGGAUCCAAAUAAGAAGGAAAAGUCGGAUUUGAAUAUUCUCAAGUCGCAAGUAUUGCUCGAACAAUAUCAGCGACUUUACAAUGACAAGCCCAAAGAAAUGUCAACGCCAUGCAAGCGCAAUACCGUAGGACGCAAGGACCAUGGCGGACAUGGAAACGUAUUCAAAAACAUAUUUUCCUUAAUUCUGAGCGGCUUACUGCUACUAAUCACUCUGUAUGUGCUCAUCGAAGUCGGCGAUCGCAACUAUUUCCUUUAGAUACAAAGAUGUAUUUGUAGUUUCCAGCGUAAAUUAUUAUUGUAAACCGUUUUCGACAAAUCAAACAACUCAAAUCAAUUGUAAGCGAAUGUGUCGAGCAAAACAAAAUGCCAAAUAAAUACAUCAUAAAUGCACCGGGAAA